AUGAGUAAUCGACAAAAGAAGCAGCAGAAAUGUGUCAACUGUGGUCAUACGCAGUUUGAUGUGAAUCGAUAUACAGCGGCGGGAGAUAUCUCGUGUCUUCGAUGCGGCACGGUUCUUGAAGAAAACCCUAUUGUUUCAGAAGUACAGUUUGGUGAGUCGUCAAGUGGGGCUGCUAUGGUGCAAGGUGCUAUGGUUGGUGCGGAUCAAGCUAGGGCCUCGUUUGCAGGAGGAAGACAAAAUGCUAUGGAAAGCAGAGAACAAACAAUUAGUAAUGGGAAAAGGAAAAUAAGACGAAUAGCUGCAUCUUUGAAAAUAGCUGAUUUUAUAGCAGAGGCAGCUGGCGAAUGGUUUAAAUUAGCAUUGACUAUGAAUUUCGUGCAAGGUAGAAGGUCAAAUAAUGUGUUGGCUACUUGUCUUUAUGUCGCGUGUCGUAAAGAACGAACUCAUCAUAUGUUGAUUGAUUUCAGCUCAAGGUUACAAAUAUCGGUGUAUUCCUUGGGCGCCACUUUUUUGAAGAUGGUCAAGGCACUACAUAUCACGUCGCUUCCGCUUGCUGAUCCAUCUUUGUUUAUCCAGCAUUUUGUUGAAAAGUUGGACUUUAAGGAUAAGGCUACAAAAGUGGCAAAGGAUGCUGUUAAAUUGGCCCAUAGAAUGUCAGCUGACUGGAUACAUGAAGGUAGACGUCCAGCCGGGAUUGCGGGUGCAUGUGUUUUGUUGGCAGCAAGAAUGAACAAUUUCCGCAGAAGCCACGCCGAAAUUGUUGCAAUUUCACACGUUGGCGAAGAAACACUACAGCGUAGAUUGAAUGAAUUCAAAAAGACAAAAGCUGCCCAGUUAUCGGUUGAAGGGUUUCGGAACGAAGUAGCUGUUGAGAGUUCCAAUCCGCCUUCAUAUGACAAGAAUAGAAUGAACGAAUUGAAGAUUGCAAAGAAAUUACAAAAUAGACAACAAGAAACUUUUCAUGAUUUGGAGAAUAUGACGCAGGAGGAAAAAUCCAAAUACUUGGGAAAAUUGAGUAAUGAAGAACAACAGAAACAGAUCUUGAUGAAUACGAUAUUAAGCGAUAUCACGAUUGAUAAAAAAUUGAUAAACGAACAGAUUGAAAGAAUAUUAGUAGCAAAGAGGAACAAAUUGGAAGGUUCGCUAUACAAGACACCGUCUGAGGCAACUGGUGGCAUUGAUGAUUUGGAUGCCAACAAGGUUUGGAAUAUCAAUUGGCCAAAAAAUUUGGUUAAAAAUCUCCCCACUACCGCUGAGAUUUUGAAAUCGGUUUCUUCAGAAGUUGAACUCAACUCAGAUGACGAUGAUGAAAUUGUGGAGGAAAGCAGAAUGACGCCGGAGGAAGUUGCAGUGAAGGAGAGAAUUUGGACGGGGUUAAAUCACGAUUACAUGGUGGAGCAGGAACGUAAGAGACUAAAACAAAAAGCCGACGAGUUAACAGGGAACACUUCGGCGGCAAUAGAUGGUCCUCGUCGUAAGAAGCAAAGAAACUCAAUACCUAUAGAAUUACAGAAGGAACUUGGUGAUAUUGUUUUAGAUGAAGAUGGAACACCGAAAAGUGCAGCUGAUAGUGCAAAAAUGUUUAUCUCCAAAACCUCGGUAUCUAAAAAGAUCAAUUAUGAAUCGUUGCAAGUCUUGUUUGGAGAUAAAAAUUAG